CUCGCUGUGGCCGUGAGGGAGUGUGUGUGCCCGUGCUGUUGCUCUUACUCGUCACUCUCUAAACUCAACUUACAGCACGUUUUUAACUGCGUGUGAUUAGUGAGCGAGGAUUUUAGCAGGAACAGUAGGGAUAAUUGUAUUACUGUACCGUCACGUGGUUGUCGUCUCUGCUUCACUAUCCCUGCCACUUCUGUCUACCUGGGCGACUUGAAUUUUGUGCACUUCCAUCGGCGUCAGACUGGGUGUGUGCCGCGGCCCCGGGAGAUGCUCCGCCCACGCCGCCCCUGACGCCUCCCUCCACGCUGCCUCCCCGGCGGGGGCGGCGCCCACGGAAUGUUGAGGAGUUGCCCCGGCCCCGACCCGCGGCACUGAUGUCCCCAGGACCCAGGGACGCCUCUAUGCUCAAACACAUGCUGACGGUGGCGGGGCGACAAGCGGCGGGGGGCGGGGCGGGCACUCUGGAGGGGCGGCGCUCCCUGGGGGGCGGGGCCAGCCAGGGGCCGAGCGGGGCCACCUUGCCGGGCCUGCACCACCACCACCUGCACCUCCAGCAGCAGCAGCAACAGCACCUGGCCUCGCCGCCGCCGCAGCAGGUGCUCAGUGUGAAGGUGAACGGCGCGGCGGGCGGGCGCCACCACCCGGCGCUCAACAUGAGUUCCCUCUCGUCGUCCAAACACUCGGUGGGCGGCAACUCAGGGUCCGGCAGCCCCGGCACCACCACGGUGACGCGCACCACGGGCCUGGACCACUCCCGCGACCAUUCCCACCUCACAGACCUGUCCCACAUCUCCCACCUGUCGCCCAUCCCGCCCGUCGACCUGUCCAAGGUGACGCUGGCCAGCAAGCAGCGCGCGGCGGGCCUGCUGCCGCGCUUCAUCACCCUCACGCGCGCGUCCUCCUCCCGCGUGGCGCUCACCUCCCUGGGCCUGCUGUGCCUCACCUCGCUGCUGCUCGCCCUCCUCGCCCUCACCUUCCUCGUGGAGCUCACGCCCCUCGCCCUGGAUGCCGACAGCGUGCAGGAGGUCACCCUCGCCCUGGCCGCCCUCACGCUCUCCCUCGACCUCAGCUGCCUGCUCAUCUGCGCCGCGCAGUUCAUCUUCGCCAUCAAGCUGGCCAAGUCACCCAACGGCGAGGAGCGCAUGACUAAAUACUUGAGGCAAUCGUCCGUGUCUCGAGUGUGUGCUGUGGGCGGCUUCUUCGUGUCUGUGCCCAUCUUCCUCACUGGCGUGAUCCUGUACACGUUCAUCCACUUCCAGUCCACGCCAGCCAUCCUUACCUCGGUGUUCAUUGGUGUGGGUAUCAUCUUCUGCGGGUGUGCCAUGAUCCACAACGUCUUCAUUUGGCAGAAGGAGAAGACGAAGGCAGUGGCGCAGCAGAACAUCCAGCAGGCGGUGAGUCAGGAUGGCAGGCUGCGGGAACUCAACGCCUCGCCACUCCCCAACGCAACACUCGACUUGUCCGGCGUCACUCCCCCGCAUGAGCUGUCCACGCUGGUCUGAGGCGGCACCCAAAAAUGCCUUGCGGAACCUCAUGCUGGAACUUGACGCGCCCACUCACGCCCACGCCCAACUCCUCCGCUCUGAUGACGCGAACAUCAGGGCAGGAAGGACAGGAGAUGAGGGAAGGAAAAGGGAAGGAUGGACGUGCCUCUGUUUUCAGUCUUUCCCGCCGCGAUGUGCAUCACGUGACCGGAACUCCAAGCCUCGAACAAUAAUGAAGCAAGGAAGCACCGGGAAGUUGUUUCAUCCGAGUGAUUUCUUCAACACCUCAUGUAGAAAUAAGAAACAGACCCCUUUUUUAGGCUCAGUCGAAAUGCAGAACAGAAUUUUGAAGUGAGAUAAAAACCUUGAUAUUCUUAGACUUGUUGAAACUUGAAUACUUGGGAUGAGGUCAAAACUUUAUUAUUAUUUUUUUUCUUUUCUUUUUUAAGGUUUACGUUGAAAAUGGAGACUUUUUUUAAAUAAGAAAUAGAUAUUACUCUUUUUUUAUCGGCUCGUGUUGAAAAAAAAAUAUAUAUAUAUUGAACCGUUUUGAAUCUCCAGUGAAUGACAAUAUUACACAAACAUUCAGACAGAAAACUGAUAUACCAUAAUACUCGUGAAGCAUCGUGUUGUAGAGAAGACAUGCAAGUGUUUAUGGAAGAACCCCUGAAGCUGAAACAAAAAUAUACGGGUGUGUCGACUGUAGAGGCUUUCUUCACGCGUUUAUGAAUUCCCUCGGGUGGUUCCUGCGGCUUCAUCUGAUUGGCUGGACGGCGUCACGUGACACAACAAAACCGCGGUCGUGUAUGUGGGAAGUAAACUGUAACAGUGACCAGUGGUGGACGAUAAACAAAGCGGUGUAAAACAAAAGUGAAGCGAGGUGCGUGUCUCCCAGUGAUCCAAAGAAGAAAGAGAAAUUGAGCUGUAAAUAAGACAGACAGAAGACACGACGCUGAAAUAAACAAGUGAUGAGCAGUGAACUCUCUAAAAACUAUGAUUAUUGAAGUGCAUCUUUUAUAAACCUCAAUUUAGACAAGAAAAACUGAAUGAUACUCUUUGUGUGUGUGUGUGUGUGUGUGUGUGUGUGUGUGUAGCCACAGGACUUUCUACCACGUUUGUGUCUUGAAAGUGGGUCAUAUUUUUCAACACCAAAGGUUAAACAUUUAUUACUGCCAGUCCAUCAUAUCACAUACUGUAGCCCGUGCACCAGAGAGAGAGAGAGAGAGAGAGAGAGAGAGAGAGAGAGAGAGAGAGAGAGAGAGAGAGAGAGAGAGAGAGAGAGAGAGAUUGCGUUAUUGGAGAAAGGAAAUGUAACGAGAGAUGCAUUGUAAACAAGAGGACCAUUGUAUGUUGUUUUUAAGAAAGAAAAAAAAAUGUGUGAGAGAGAGAGAGAGAGAGAGAGAGAGAUUGUUACUGAAGAAAGGAAAUUGUAGUGAGAGAUGCAUUGUAAACGAGAGUUGUUGUAUGUUCUGUUUUUUGAGAUAGAUGAAAAACGUAAUGAGAGAGAGAGAGAGAGAAAUUGCGUUAUUCGACAAAGAAAUGUAAUGAGAGAUACAUUCAUUGCAAACAAAAGAACCAUUGUAUGUUCUUUUUGAGAGAGAUAAAACAAUGUGUGUGUGUGUGUGUGUGUGUGAGAGAGAGAGAGAGAGAGAGAGAGAGAGUACCCAAAGAACACACGCUAUACAUAUUUCAUCACUCAUUGUGUUGAAGAUAAACAAAGACGACACGGUUUGUUUAUGUUGACUGAGAGAGAGAGAGAGAGAGAGAGAGAGAGAGAGAGGAAGGGGAGGGGAGGGGGACCUGGUGUCACUUGGUGUUCGAGGCAUUAACUCGUAAAUUCAAGUACAAAUAUGGACGUCUGUGGAACCUCUUUCUGUACUUUAUAUUUUCAAACACACGAAGACUUGUAGCAUUUAUUCUUAGCUUUAUAUGAACGGUGUACAUAGUUUUAUAUGCAUAUUUAUCAAAGUGUAUAUAUUUAUUUCUCCG